AUGGAUUUAUUUGAUGGUGACUUACAUAACUUUUUAAUCAAAACUUUUUGGGCUUUAAGUUGGAAAAUAAAAAUGGAAUUAAUAAUUUCAAUAACAGAUGGUCUUGGAAGCUUACAUGCAAAAGAUUUAGUUCAUUGUAACUUUCAUAGUGGAAAUAUUUUGAUAAACGAUAAUUUCAACCUUCACAAUUCUGACUUAAGAAUAGAUUUAGAUUCAUAUUAUUAUCAUAUUAAUGUUUUGCAACAAUUUAAAAUUGCUGACAAAAAUCAAAAAAAUACAUCAAAAUCUCAAAAGCAAGAAUUAUUUGAAUUAUUUUCACAUUCAAAUCCUAAUUUAUUAUUAAAAUCCAAUGAAUCAAUUACUUCUUAUGUUGAUACUUAUAAUAUUGAUUCUACGGAGGAAAAGGAAAUUCAAAAGUAUGAGUUUAAUGAAUCAACUACUUCAAAUUGUCAAUGA